GUUCAUUGCCAGUCGGUUGUGGUUGCGCGCGAACAUACGUCGUCCAUUUAAAUUAGUUUUUUUUUUUAUUUAUAUUUUUAAAUUUCCGCCACGAUGGCGUCAGCCGUGAUUAAGUUUAGUGCCAUAAUGAUGCUAAUCGGCGUUUGUGCAGCUGAUGUCUCUGAACUACCCGAAGCCAAAGCUGCGUUGGCUCCUCCAGUGACUGAAGUUUGUCUUGGCUGUAUCUGCCAGGCGGUGUCUGGGUGUCAGCAGGGGACACAAUGUGAGGGUGAUCACUGCGGACUGUUCCACAUCACGUGGCCAUACUGGGCUGAUGCUGGAAAGCCCACAAUCCAUGGACUCUCACCUGAUGAUCCUAAUGCGUACCCCAGUUGCGCCAAUGACCCGUACUGCGCCGCACAGACGGUGCAAGGUUACAUGAAGAGAUAUGCACAGGACUGCAAUGGUGACGGUCAAAUCAACUGCUACGAUUACAUGGCUAUACACAAAAAGGGAGGAUACGGGUGCAGCGGAGAGCUACCCUUCAAUUACGUCAACACUUUCAACCAGUGCGUGGCAAUCGUUGCUUCCCAACAGCAGCAGGGUUAAGAAGACUGGAAUCUAUUAGAAUAAUGACAAUAAUUUAAGUUUCAACAAGCAAUACUUACCUACUAAGGAAAAUAAAGUCUUUACACGACACUUUA